UCCAAGAUACUGGCAUACCGGUGUUCAUGAAAGUUGUAUAUAUUCUGAAAAUCGAAGAAAAGUGGCAUUUAUGCAGUAGACUGUUCCGAGCAAUAGCAUACACAGAAGGAGAGCACGGAUAUAGGAUAAAAAACACGGAUAUAUGGUUGAAACUGUUGCCACAAGAUCACCACGACACCAACAUCCUUGAUGCAUAUGUGGACAAUGAUGGAGAUUAUAUUGUCAUGCUGAAACAUAGACCAUUAUACAUAUCAUGAAAUUGAUGGAGAGACCUUGUUUGGAUUGACGGAGACCAUGGUGGGGAACAUCUAUCCAAGGCUCAAGGAACAAGUGGCAUUCUUGAAGGCUGUUGCGUCACUCAAGGAGCAAGAGUUAAAGACUGUGGCAACCAUAGACGACGAACUGGUACCUGUGUACGAGUCCGACUCCACACACGUUCUGGAAGCCAGUCCUAGUCCUAGUCGAGGAUCAUCGCCAACCCUUCCACGCAUACCAGCCUCACUGCAGAAACAUCUUGAGGCCGAGGACCCUGAUUUCAUGAGCAACACAAAGAGCGCCAAACGCAGCAGACUGGUGACGAUUUUAGCGGAACACCUAAUGGAUAAAUAUGAAUUAUUUCCAAAAUCGAGUCAUUACGAUGGAUUACUACAAGCUCUUGUAAAGAAAUACCCCUUCCUCAAUGGCAAGAAUGGAGAUAAUCUGAAAUGUCUUAAGGAAUGCCUCCGCAACAAGUGCAAGAAGGAGAGGAGGCCACUGACGACCGUACAAGAAGUUGUUGAAAUGAAAAGAAAGUUUGGCUCGCCUGGCAGGGGACGACCAUCCAAGAGAACACUGUCAGGAGAUAGUGCAGCUCCUAUAGAAGGAAAAACGAGGAUGUGUCAGACAAUUGAGACCGAGGCCGAGGAUGAACGGUCAAUAUUGCUCCAUCUCAAGGCAUUAGCCUUAGAGACUGUGAAGCUACGCCCUAACAUGGACAUCGUCCGGGAGAAGAUAAGGAGGACUUUUACUUACCGCAGCAAUUAUUACAUGGAUAAAUCAAUUACAACGGCAAUGGUCAUCGAGCGAUUUCCCUGGCUGCGAAGACCAAAAUUUCUUCUGGUAGACAUGGACAUGCAAUAUAGAGUAAAUUGUGAGCGGACGAUCAGAAGCGGUCUUUUGCCACUCUGCGACAAUGUAACCAAACGUUGUCCGAAGCCAGACAGUGAACGGCUCCGACAGCUGCUACAAGAAGAGACAGAGACAAGUGACGAAUCCACUAAAAAAAGUACAUGCAUUACUAAAAUGUUUAAAAAAUUUAAAUUAAAAACCCUGAAAAAAUUUAAUUUUAAAAACCCUGGACGUAUGCGAAACCAUCUCCAAUCGUCAUGUCUAUGCAUGAUGACAACAUCAUGUGGAACUGUCAUAAUUUCCUAGAAUCUUAGUACUGUUCUCAUACUGUAUAUGGGAACAUGCAUAUUUGUGUAUACAACAUUACGAGCUUUUGAUAAGGGAUCAAGACCCUCUCUCUGCACCACUGUGUGCAAUAGACCACUUGUGACAUGUACUACGCAUAGUUGAGUUAUGUGUCAGAAUUUAUUUAUCUUUCAGAAUCGUCAUUGACUGCUGCCUUGCUAAUGUUGCCAAACCUGCUACACGAAAGCCUCGCCAACUUUAUUGCGAUUG